AUGCUUAUUCAAAAAGCGAGGAUUAAAUGGCUUAAUCAUGGAGAUAGUAAUAGCGAAUUCUUUCACCGUGUUAUGAAAGGUAGAAGGCGUCAUAAUCACAUUGGUUCUAUUUUAACUAGUUCGGAAAUUGUGGAUUCGGUUGAGGACGUCAAGGAGGAAGUGCAGAAUCAUUUUGCUUCUAAAUUCGUGGAAAUCAAUAGAGAUAGGCCUAUUCUUGAAGGAAUCAACUUGAAUAAGGUUUCUCAAUCAGAGAGGAUUUCUCUUGAAGCUCCUUUUUCGGAAGGAGAGAUUAGAGAAGAGAUUUGGGGGUUUGGGGGAGAUAAGAGUCCAAGUCACGAUGGUUAUUAUUUUUUCUUCAUAAAUAAAUGUUGGCCAUUUAUGAAGGAUGAUUUUGUUAGAUGCUUUUCGAGUUUUUACUUUAACGCAUCUUUAUCGAGGUCUUGCAUUUCCUCUUUUCUAUCUUUGAUUCCUAAGUCUUCUAGUCCCUUGGGGUUUAAUGAUUAUAAACCUAUUUGUCUUAUUGGUUGUAUUUACAAAGCCAUCUCUAAUAUUUUGGUGUCUAGAUUAAAGUUGGUUUUAAAUUCUAUUGUGUCCCAAUGUCAAAGUGCUUUCGCUCCGGGUAGGUAA